AUGCUGGAGACGGUGAAGUACCUCCUGGGUUACGCGGGACCCAGCGGAUACGGGUCCAAGACCACGGCAGAGGAGGUCACGGCGGCGUGCCCUGACCUCAGCUCCGUCACCGCCAUCAUCACCGGUGAGGAUCGCCACCCGUCGUGGCGGCGCCGCCGCCGCCUCUCCACUCUUCUUCUAUCUUCGUCUCCGGUGGCGGAUCGAUUUGACACUGCUCCUCCGCUGUGCAGGGGCCACCUCGGGUAUCGGAGCGGAGACGGCCCGCGUGCUGGCCAUGCGCGGCGCUCACCUGGUCCUCCCCGCCCGCUGCCUCAAGGCGGCGGAGGAGACCCGAGGUCGGAUCAUCGCACAGUUCCCCGGCGCGAAGGUGAUCGUCCUGCCGCUCGAUCUCAGCUCGCAGGCUUCUGUUAGGGACUUCGUCUCUCGCUUCGAGUCCCUCCAUCUCCCCCUCCACCUCCUCAUGUAAGAUGUGGAACCGGCCGGUGUUGAUCCUCCCAAAUGUUUUUCAUUUCCAUCUCGAUCUCGUCCUGAUAUACUACCCAUCUUCUCUUCCGAUUGAUUCUCUCCGGCAACUCCAGAAACAACGCCGGGAGGUUCUCCCACGGCCACGACAUCUCCGUCGACGGCGUCGAGAUGACCUUCGCCACCAACUACCUGGGUACAUGCACCUCCACCUGCCUGUUGAUCUUCUUCUUCUUCCUCGCGAUAUUCAGCUGCUGCAAAUUAUUAGGGCACUACCUGCUGACGAAGCUGCUGCUGGAGAAGAUGGCCGAGUCUGCCAGGGCGUCGGGCAUCCAGGGCCGUAUCGUCAACGUGACCUCCAACAUCCACGGUUGGUUCUCCGGCGACGCCAUCCGCUACCUCAACGACCUCAACCGGAAGAAGACGUAACAUCAUCUACUCCCUCUUCUUCUCCUCAUCCGAUCAAACAAGAAUCUCACACCGAAACUCACAACUCCUCCGCCGGUUGCCGCCGCCGGAGAAGACCAGCCCAUACGACCCGACGCGGGCGUACACGCUGUCGAAGCUCGCUAAUGUGCUCCAUACACGGGAAUUGGCCGAGAGGCUUAAGGUGCUGUCACCAUUGCUUUCCCUCUGUCCCAUCCAUUGCUUUCCAGUGGAAAGAAAGCUGGUCUCAUGGUGGUGGAAUGAUCCAUCUAUCUAUCGAUCUAGUGGUGGAAUGAUCCAUCUAUCUAUCGAUCUAUCUGUAUGUGCAGAAGAUGGGCGCCAACGUGACGGCGAACUGCGUCCACCCCGGGGUCGUCAGGACGAGGCUUACCAGAGACCGCGAGGGCUUCUCUACAGGUGACUUCUGCGCAUUAAUCGAAAAUCAAAAUAUGAUCUCCAGCUGCUUGAUUCCCAUCCCUUCUUCUGCGGUGUCAGAUCUGGCCUUCUUCCUGGCGUCGAAGCUUCUGAAGACGAUCCCUCAGGUCUGCUUCUCUCUCUCUCUCUAUCUCUCUCUCUUCGCUGGGUACUGAGUGACGGCGGAGGUUGCGGCGGUGCAGGCGGCGGCGACGACGUGUUACGUGGCGGUGCACCCUCGGGUGGCGAGGGCGUCGGGAAAGUACUACGUCGACUGCAACGAGGCGACGCUGGAGAAGCUGGCGACCGAUGCCCGGGAGGCGGCGCGGCUGUGGCUGGUCUCAGAAGCCCUCAUCUCCGCACCACCGGCCACCGCCGCCGGCGACGCUCUCAGCUACCGCUGCCGCCUUAGCUCCUCAGAUAUGCCCCUCUGA